AAUAUCAGAGCCACACAAGCUCCAACACGGCGCCAAAGUGAAGAAGUCUCCCCCGAAAAAGCUUCCAAGUGUUGAGGAAUUUCUCUCCCAAAAAAAGCCAGAAGACAGUUUGUGACUGUUUAGUUUCUUUUUUUCUCUUCGAAGGAAGACUUCCUUCGGUCUCAAGUGAAGAAAAAAAAUAACCACUUAAUUGUGAUUGUGGAGGUGAAAGGAAGUGUGUUAAGAUAAUAAAAUCCAUCAGGAAGUUAGCCAAAGGAAGGAAGAAAUCAUCAAAUUUGGUGGAAAUUGGCAGUUUUUUUUGGAUUUCCCUCCUUCCGUAUUGUAUGACUUUUAGGCUCUUCUCUGGAAAAUCUUAAAAAGGAAGGAAAAAUGAAUGGCGCCAAACAAUCUCUUCUGAUAUUUGUUCUGAUUCUUGCGAUUCAGAUUCUCAUGGCAGCUCCUGCUCUGGACACUGAGAGUUCGAUAAAUGAUCUGUACGAGAGCUUACUACAGCGAGAAUACACUGGUCCCAUUUCACUUUCCGAUCACCAAGUGGAGCGCAAGGCAGUGAGAUCACCCUCCCUCAGGCUGCGAUUCGGCCGACGCAGUGAUCCCAGCUUCAAUCCCUUCCAGAUGGAGAAGAUCAACCAGAAACCCAUCAGAUCACCAUCUUUAAGGCUGAGAUUCGGACGACGAAAUGACCCACUGUUUCCCACAUUCAAUCAGGAUUUACUAAAUGAUGAGCUCACCUUCAAACGGCCAGAACGGAAGCCCGCUAGUCGCCUUCGCUGGGGACGAAGUGCUGCCACGACCAGUGAUAAUUCAAAUGAGGAAUUGGUAAAUCCUGGAGAUGCUCCAAUGACUCGUGAGGAGAGGAAACCAGCUCGACUUCGCUGGGGACGAAGUGAUGGUGGAAACCUGAGGAACAGUAUUUUCACUGAUGAAGAAAUCAAUCUCUUGGCUCAACUUAUUCAGGAUCAGGAAUCACUGAAUAAUUUCCUCGGAAAGCCCACGGAAAACCACAUGACUCUCAAUUAAAUUUCCUUCAUUUAUCAAGUGUAAACACCAACAAAGAAUCCUUUAGACUUUCUUCAUCCCCCAGCAUAGUGUAUAAAAUACCUUCUUCUGAGAGAGAAUAAGAAAGAGGGAAAUUGAUGGAAAUCAAUAAGAAAAAUAUAUAUAAUACAAAAUAGAAAAAAAAUGAGGAAAAACGUGUGACAGUGGAUAUAUCUUUUUCAAUAAAAGAAUGUUUUAAGAAAAAUAUCUCCAGUAUAGAUGCCAAAACAGAAGCCACUGAAAUUUUCUUGGAAAGAUCCAGCUACUUUCUGGGAAUAUCAACAACUAUUGAGCACAAAAGUAUUUGAUAAGCCACACAAAAUUACUACAUUGGACAAGUUUAUCUUGAGGAAUGCCAUGAAUUAAAAAAAAUAAAUAAAAAUAAAAAUUGAUGUAAUCUAAAAUCACUAUUGAGAUGAAAGAAGUUAAAUCCUAUGUAAUUAACAGAUUUAUGAUCAAUUAUCGCCGAAGAGUGGGAUGAGGAAUUACAUGAUAAAGUGUUAGUUUUGUUGCUGACUGCAAAAGUGUCUAUAUUUAAUUUAUCUAUUCUAUAUAAGAAUUUUAAAAGAAUAAAUUAGUGAUUGUGACAAAAAAUUCCUCAUGCGAAUUUUAUUUGUACGAUAUAACAAAAUUUUCCUCUGAAUAAAAAAAAGGCAUUAAAAGAAAAUAUUGUUGUAAUAGUCGGAAAAUCAAUACACACCCACAUCCUUUAUAAAAAAUUCUCAUUUUUUUCUGUAACCCAUACAAUUUCAAAAAAAUAUUAUAAAAUUUACUUCAAACCUCUGAUAAAUUAAUUGAAAUAAAUUAUAUGACAAUUAUAUAAUCAAAUUCAUGUAAAUAAAGAGGAAUUAUAUCAAUUAGAUGCA